AUGGGGUGGAAGGUGGCGUCAGGGGGUAAGGCGGCAGCGGCGGCGGCGCCCGGCGGCGACAAGCUCAGGUUCCCUCCCUCCUCCUCCGCCACCGCCGCGCGGUCGCGGAUGAAGCUCUGGCUGGUGCGCGCCACCACCACGGUGCUGCUCUGGACCUGCGUCGUGCAGCUCACCGCCGUCGGGGACACCUGGGGCCCAAGGGUGCUCAAGGGCUGGCCUUCCUGCCUCACGCCGCACGAUGAGGAGGCGGCCGCCGCCGCCUCGCGCCCGCGGCCUCUCGUCGACAGGGCCGCCGCGCUGCCGCCCAAAAGAAUAUAUAGGAACAAUGGUUACUUGAUGGUUUCGUGCAAUGGUGGGCUUAACCAAAUGCGAGCUGCAAUAUGUGACAUGGUUGUAAUUGCAAGAUAUUUGAAUGUCACUUUAGUUGUGCCAGAGUUGGAUAAGACUUCGUUUUGGAAUGAUCCAAGUGAGUUCCAAGAUAUAUUUGAUGUCGAGCACUUUAUAACCUCAUUACGAGGUGAAGUUCGUAUUCUGAGAGAGUUACCCCCAAGGGUAAAGAGAAGAGUUGAACUUGGAAUGUUUCAUUCCAUGCCUCCAAUAAGUUGGUCUGAUAUCUCCUACUAUCAAAAUCAGAUUCUUCCUUUGAUUCGUAAGUACAAGGUUCUCCAUCUUAAUAGAACUGAUGCCAGGCUAGCAAACAAUGGUCUACCAAUGGAGAUUCAGAAACUGCGAUGCCGAGUAAAUUAUGCCUCUCUCAGAUUUACCCCACAAAUUGAAGAGUUGGGCAAGCGAGUAAUUAGAAUUCUUCACCAAAAUGGACCUUUCUUGGUACUUCAUUUACGUUAUGAAAUGGAUAUGCUGGCUUUUUCUGGCUGUACACAAGGUUGCAGUACUGAGGAGGCAGAAGAACUCACAAGAAUGAGGUAUGCUUAUCCAUGGUGGAAAGAAAAAGUGAUUGACUCAGACUUGAAAAGAAAAGAUGGCCUUUGCCCAUUGACGCCUGAGGAGACUGCUCUUGUCCUCAGAGCACUUGACAUCGAUAGAAGUAUGCAAAUAUACAUUGCUGCUGGGGAAAUAUACGGUGGAAAGCGCAGGAUGGCUGUUCUAACUUCAGCGUACCCGAAUGUGGUGAGGAAGGAGACACUUUUGGAACCUUCUGAUCUGAUGUUUUUCCAGAACCAUUCAUCACAAAUGGCAGCACUGGAUUACUUAGUAUCUUUAGAAAGUGAUAUAUUUGUUCCAACAUAUGAUGGAAAUAUGGCUAAAGUCGUUGAGGGUCAUCGGAGAUUCAUGGGUUACAAGAAGACAGUCUUGUUAGACCGAAAACUCAUUGUUGAGCUAGUGGACCAGUACACAAAUGGUUCUCUGCGAUGGGAUGAGUUCUCUGCAUUGAUCAAGGUUGCCCACGCAAAGCGGAUGGGAUCAGCUUCAAAGAGGAUUGUGAUUCCUGACAGGCCCAAGGAAGAGGACUAUUUCUAUGCCAAUCCCCAAGAAUGCCUCCAGGAUCAUGAUCUUUUGCAAACCUUGUAA